AUGCCUCAAGCAUCAAUACCUAGCGAAUCCCGUUUUGUUCUUCCUCCUUUCCAGUCAAUUCAGCAACAGGAUUACUCGUUUUAUUCUCUCAAUCCCUUUCCUCCUCCCUCUUCGCUCUCAGAAUAUCAGCAGCAGUUAACAUUGAUUGCUGAAGCUGUCAUUCGAAGUUUUCUGGUUGCGACCUCAUCGAAGUAUCCUUGGAUUCUCGGCUCGUUUUGUAGAAUCUUUGCGCAGUACACAAAGCAAGGGAACCAGCCGUUGCCUACGGACGUGCUACCUCCUCUAUCAUGGUUGCAACGAUCGUCUAUUAAAGGAGUUCUCAAGUGGGAAGGUUGUAGUGUGAAAGUAACCAAAAAAGCGGAGCGAACCUUCCUCUCGAUUCCUUCCUAUUCUUCUUCCGACCUGAAAGCAAACGAAGAGUCGGGGAGUCUCUACAAUCAUCUCUUCGUGCUGCUGGCGAAAUCGGAAGUGUUCUUUGCUCGUUCUCUCUGGCAUGGAUGUACUGCAGACCAAAUCAUUGAGAUCACUCCCUUUCGCUGUGCGUUCCAAUCGCUGUCAUCCAUUCUAGUCAUCGAUUAUGGCUCUAUCGACAUGGAGUGGAAGUUUUUAGAGCGCUGCUCGCUUCUCCCUUCGAUUCAUGUGGCUUCAAGUCUGCUUCGACCAGGACCUACCGCCCAUCUUCUCUCUCCUUUCAGUCAGGCAGCGAUCGAGUUGGGAAAGAAGCGGGUGCUGUCGCAGUUUCCCUUCAAUGCAGCCCAGGAAUCAGUGUUGGAUCGUGUGCUCGCUUUUUUCAACGAACAGCAAGAAACCAAUCGAAUUCAGCUGAUCCAAGGCGUGUUUGGGAGUGGAAAAUCGCGCCUCAUCGCAGAGCUUCUAGUCUGCAUGCAUUCUCUCUUUCAAGCGCGAGCCACGGCCACUACCAAAUCGGAGAAGAACGAAAGUGAUUUUUUGAUGCUCUCCGAAGAGCCCCAGUUAUUUCGCCGCGGUAAAGGCGCGUUCAAAAGCAAGAUGCGUUCCACAAUUUUGUUCUGCAGCCAUACCAAUAUCGCCGUGGAUCGCGUGUGCUUGCUGCUCCAUGAGAUGGGAUUUAAGCAGUUCCGCCGCACGGGGAACAUUCGACGAAUCCAUCCAAGCUUGCGAAGCUACUACCGAGCCAAGUGCGACGAGACGGAUGAACUGAGAGUGUUGUGCACGACGCUGUGCUCGCUUCCCGAAGACCUUGGAGAAAUCGGUGUGUUGGUUCUCGACGAAGCAUCCCAGAUUACCGAGUAUUACGUAGGAUCAAUCUUCCCUCUGCUCCAUCCAGGCUAUUUUACCCCUUCUUCUUGCGAACCCUCAGCUCGUUCUUCUCAUAGGAGACCAGAAGCAGCUUCCUCCUGUUCCGCUCCGUGCUGCAUUCCCCAAAUCCAGAAUUCGCUCUUCAGUCGUCUGCUUCAGUGCUAUCGUCCGAUCGUGUUGAACACGCAGUACCGCUGUCAUCCGGUGAUUGGAAACCUGGCAUCCCUUUUGUUCUACGAGAAUUCUCUCUUGCAUGGAGAGAACACGUCGUCGAUUCCAGCGCUCCUGCCCUCGUUCAGCCGCAUUACCUUCAUUAACAAUCCGUCUCCCGAAGCCUCGAAGGCAGGUAGAAUCGGCGCGCUUUUUUAUUAUUUCAAAGAUUCCUUCUGUAAUCCUGGAGAAGAAGAGCUCAUCGUCCGUCUCCUUGGGAAGUUGUUCGCCUCUCUCCAAGCAGGCGAAUCUUGUGAUUCGCAGGAUGCUCGCGAUGAUAAUGAAUCCCAAAGUAUUGGUCAAGCCAUCGGAGUGAUUUCUCUCUACGCAGCACAAUGCUGGUCCUUGCAGAGAAGGAUCGCAGAUCAAAGGGUUCAGAUUUCGACAGUGGACGCGUUCCAAGGGAAUGAGAAAGAUCUGAUCAUCCUAUCCACCGUCCGCUCUCAAUCGAUUGGGUUUUCUUCGGACCCAAAGCGACUCAAUGUUGCCAUUACGCGAGCGAAGGGGCAGCUCAUCAUCAUAGGGAACCAGCGAUUAUUAGAAAGCAACUCUCUGUGGAGAACAGUUCUUGAUUACAUUCAACGGAAUGGAGAAAUCCGUCAAGGAUUCUGAAGGUU